GCCUCUCAUGGCGCUGAGCUCCAGUCCGGAUGCUGCUUGCCGUGCCGCAGGCCUGGCAUGUCUGCAUGGGCUGUGUGUUUACGGCAGCCAGGGUGUUCGCGAGGUGCUGGGCGGCCGGGGUGCAGUGGUGGAUCUGGUGGACGCAGUGAAGCUGGAGGGCGUGGCGCUGCCGGACUGCCUGCAGCCGCCGCUGUGUGAGCCCAACUGUAGCAGCCGGGCAGCGGCGGAGGCGCUGGCGGCGCUGGCGUCUGCUUCGGAGGCGCUGCGGCGGGAUGUGGGCAUGCAGCUCUGCGCGCUGCUGCGAUCCAGCAACACCGCGCUCGCCGCCAGCGCUUGCAACGCACUCAAGACCCUGUCGGAGGAGCUCCCAGCCGCAACCUCCACCCUGACAACACAGGGCAUCAUGCCCCCGCUGGUAUCUCACAUCGCCUGCAAGCCAGCCUCGACACCCGCCUCCCAGCCCCAACGCGCGAGUCAACACAGCGACCAAGGGGGGGCUGCUCAGGGGGGGCUGCAGCAGCGCGCAGUGCAGCUGCUGUGGGUGUUGUGCCGCGGCGGCGGAGAGGCAGUGGACGCCGCAGUGGCCGCAGGUGCAGCGGAGGCGCUGCUGCAGCGGCUAGGCAGCGUGCAGGAGGUUUCAGCGCGCGUGGCGGCGGCGGCAGCGCUGGGACCGCUGCUCAAGAAGUCCGCAGCGGCGCGAGAUGCGGUGAGCAGUCAAGGCGGCCUGGGGGUGUUGUUGGAGCUGCCACGUCAGGCCAGCGUGGGUAUGCCGCUGUGUGAGGAGGCGCUGGGAGCGCUGGCGGUGCUGGCGGCCCUGCAUGCGCCGUGUCGGGUUGAGGCCGCGCGGGCGCUGCGGCAGAUGCUGGUUCGC